AUGGCGGAAAUGGCUGUUAACUCAGGUACACAGAUGACCGCCCUCAAGAAGUUACAUGCGGCCUCGGUCAAAGCCCCAGGCACGCUGAACACCAGCGCAGCAUCGACGAAGACGGAUGCUGCGACAGAACCGCCAGAAGGCGCUGUGAAAUUCGAUCGCACAGUCCUUGGUGUCCUCAAGACAGUCUUCAAAGAUGUUCCUGUCCACCAGGUUUAUUCAGUGAUGAUGCGCAUGGGAGGCGCCACAGACACCAGGGACGUGUUGGCAGAGUGCCACAAAGUGAUGGCCGACCACCUGAACAGUUCCCUGCAAUUCAUGGAUGACAACGGAGACGUCCAUGACACGUUGAGGAAAAAGAAUGGAAGCUCAACCGGGUUCUCGGUUAGCGCAGGGAGGUAUGCAGAACUCGGAGAAGUCACAAAGCAGGAUGAUUUGGACUUAUUUGUGGCAGGAGAUUACAUCGAGAGCCUGCUGCAACGUCUCGUGCAAGGAGAGAAUCCUGCCACUGUUCUCGAUCCGAGUUCUGACGUGGUGCGAGCCAGUUUAAAGCUUGACUGCUACCAGUUCAGCAAGCUGCACGGGCCUGAGGAGUCCCUCGGCACCAGACUCAUAUAUUCGUCAUGCUGGGUGCGAAACUCUAUUCUCAGAGGCCUGUUUGCUCGAAUAGCCCCGUCUGCCAUCCAGGCAGGGCUGUCGCUGAACGGGGUGGAAGCACUCCGCGACAUGGAUGGAUCAGAUGUGGUCGAAUCCCCAGCCGGGCCACGCUUCAAGUUCACCGUCGUGAACGGCCAACCGUUGAGUGGCCUGUUGGGCACCAAUUUCCUGGUCUGGAGCCUCCGUGGCAUCGACAAAGGUGUGUGCGAUGCAGUGCUGGCCGUU